AUGGAUUUGUGUUCAAGUCUGCAGAGUCUUUCGCCGCUUUUCGCAAUUUACUCAAUUCGAUUUGAAAAGACAGAAAAGCAUAGGGCCUUUGCGCAGCCUCGACCUACGGGAAGAGAAACACAAUACCUGAGUGCCAAAGGCCUUGUAAAAAGCAUCCGCAACCGAUUCAAGAAAUAUGAAUGCCUGUCUUUUGGAGAGCAAUCGAUCGCAAACGCACAAGUAUGCGAUCCCCUGGUCGACAAGCACGUGAAAGUGGAAAUUCCCACUUUCAAAAGUGCUUCUCGGAUCCUGCUGAGACAUCGACCUGAUCACGGACUUGCAUUGCUGCUUAUAUUCGGGAAGAGAGGAUUCCAGGAUCUAUUUGGAAUUAGUGGAUACCAUACUCCAUGCCUUUUCAUCUUCAGAAGAGCACUCUUCAACCAAGGGGAGCAAUUUGAAAAGCCUGCUUGGGUAAAGCUUGCUUACUUACUUACUUACUUUUCUACGAUUGGAAAUUUUUUGAUGUUCGACGAAUAUAUUGACCCUAUACUCUCGGAAUCCUCUUCUUCGCGAUCCUUGUCCUCUAUGUCUUCAGAUGGCUUAUCUGCAGAGCUGGAUACACAAUCUGUGAAGCAUAUCAACGAAAAUGGCGAUGAUUCGUCAGAGACGGAGGAGACCCACAUAGACCAGUCUCUGACCGACAUGUUCCCCUCCGUACUUUCAUCUUCUGAUAAUAAAACUGAUCCAGUCACUUCCACCUGCAUCGUCUUCAUCGCCGCAAAUUCCAUACCAGCUAUUGAUAAGCAAACGGCUGUCGCAGUGUCUGAACCCCACCCUUCCAUCUGGAGUGCAUCAGAAAGCUCUAGAACGCAUUUUAUUGAUCUUGUUGAGAAGAUCCCGUCAAGUCUUUCGCCACUGAUACAAUCUAUCAUUCCUGGUCUGGAAGAAGAGGGCAAUGAUUUCUUCGAUCAAAUUAUUGAGCUUCUUUUGACGUUGAGAUCAAAAGCUGGCGAUUCUGUCUUUUACGAGGCCAUUUGGGAUGUCGCACUGGAUAUUCCAUCGCAGCGUCUUUCGGUUUUCCAAUUUAUUCAGUACCAGGCAGGGGUAGGGCGAUCUCCUUCAAAUGCGUUUCCACUGGUACCCCAAGACAAGGCUGUUCUUGCCAUUGGUGAAUCGAUGCUGGAUGUCACGCCACUUGUUGUCCGCCAUGCGCUUGACUCUCUUCCGUCCAAAGACCGCCAUUAUUUGGUGCGCCAAAUGCUGAUGGUGUUGUUGCAUAAAGACCUUUCGCUAUGGAGACGAGUGUUUUCGUGGAUAUCGCCCAUGACUGCCACAGUUGGCUCGCCUCAGCCAAACACAUCGCUUUCAACAAUAGACUCCGGAUCUAUGCCUUCAGAAUUGCAUGCAAACAUUGAAACUCGAUCCCCAAUUUAUUUGCAUUCUCCUACAGAGUCGCGCAAAUCACCAUAUCUCCCGUCGAUACAGUUGCUACUUGACGUUCUUGCAAUGAUGCUCCGUGAAAUCCUGAAGGUGCCAAGGCCAACACGAGAUUCUCACAUCUUUUUCAAAAUCCUUGUUUCUCUUUUAGACAAAGAGGAACUCAAUGAGCCACUAGCCCGCAAGCUUCUGCUACCUCUGGUAUCUGGCCUUGAGCGGUCGCCUUUGCUGAUUGAAGAAUCUUUGCCCUUCUUUGAACUGCUGGACAUACGAGUGAUCUGGGAUAUAUUCAAAGCCCUUAUUUUUGAAAAUGCAGGACAUAUAGAUACCACAGAUGCCGUGUUCGUUUCAGAUAUUGAUGCCCUUCGACUGGUGCGGUUUUCGAUAUCUUCCAUCAAAACCCUUUGCGACGAAGAGUGUGCCAACGAAAUCCUUCCCCAGUUUCUGGUCUCUCUCGCGUCUCUACUGAAUGUAGACUUAUUGUCGUCCUCGUCGCUUAUCAUGAACAUCCUUUUAUUGAUGGAAACCAUCACAAAGAAAAUUCCGGAAAGGUGUCUGGAUGAAAAGGUCCUGGCCAGCCAAGUAACUCUGGGCCAUAAAAUGCUUUCUCUUUUGAUACCGUUUCAAAAGAGCCUCAGAGAAUCUUAUUUAAAGCUCACCCCGGUUUUGGAAAAUAGUUCUACUUCAGAGCUAAGCUGUGUGCAAGUCACGCAUUAUUUGAUCGAAUGGGCACUUUCCGGAAUCUUUUCACAACAUCCAUCGGCAUUGUGUCUUUGCGGGUGUGAUAAAGCUUUACAGGACAGAGAAACCAUCCAAAGUCCUCAGCUUACCAUGGACUCUGUACUGGCAAAUGAACUUGCAAUCCAUCUGCUCGAGUUUGGACUAAGUUUCAGGGACCGAUCUUGCUCUUCGUCCACAGGAAAGCCGCAGGUUUGGUCGUUGAAAAUUUUCAAAAGCACCCUGAAAUUGCUUUCUCAAAUAUGGAGAUUCGUCUCAAAAAAAGAAGAAUGCGCCGCUCUUAUUACGAUUCAAUUGCCACAUAUUUGGGCCGUCUUCAUUUCUGCAGGCCAAGGCUCAUUUGUGGCAUCCCCUGAUGAUCCGUUGGCGCUAACAGAUCGAAACGUUUGCUAUAGCGCUUUAUGGACACUUUCUCAUCUUUCAUCGGCGGUAGAUAAUGAACAGCUUCCAACAAUCCAAGGGCAUCCCAUCUUUAUGCUCGAUCUCUUUUUCUGUCGUUAUUUGCACGACGACUGUGGCGAGCUCAGCUUUGCAGAAAAAAGCACCCUUUUUGCAAAGUUUUGGGUGCAAAAAAUAUACAUUCCCCAUUUGAAGAUAACGCCAGCAGAGAAAGCGCUGCCUUGGACCGUUCUAAAGCUUCUAGAAAGCGAUAGGGGCGAUUUAUUGAUGGCUGAGGCAUUUGCCUCGCAGGAGCGAUCCGAUUCUCUUUUUGAAUUUCUCGUUUCAUACUUUGAACAAAUCGAUUCCCUUUCCUCGGUACUUGCGGAGCCCGCUGCCGAUAAUUCAAACAUUUCAUCUGCCAAUAUUUUGUUCAAAAGUUCUGGAGACACAAUCGCUAACACUGCUGAAAAUCGGGGUACCCCAGCCACAGGGUUCUCUUUUUCUAUGGCUCUUAAUCUGUUAUCUCGUAUUGAAACACUGCUCAAGGAUGGUCCCACAAAUCAGUUCACGGCAAUGCAGAUUUUUUAUGGAAAAUUGUCGUGCCUUGGGUCAAGAGCUGACGCCACGCCCUCUCUUUCUUGUAAUUGUGCCUCGCGGCCUUUUCUGCGUCUGCUUCGAGCACUAGCAGGGCUCUCUACAGCCUCUUUUAGAGGACGGGAUCAAUCAACAUCCCUCAAUACCACUUGUGAUGAUCUCAAACUCCGGUUGGCCGCACUUAAAGUGAGUCUUUCGCUACUCGUGGUAGGAUCGAAAAUGAUCAACGGUGAUGGAUUCACAGGCUGUCCUGCUCUUCAGAAUGUUGUUUCUGGGUGGGCUAAUAAUUUGGUAUCCCUCGUUGAUGCCGAAUCGGAUGCAAAGGGUGCCAGAUUCACACCAAGAGACAUCCUCAGCCAGCUUUCUGCUAUACUGACCUUGUCUUUGUGCUUUCCAACGGUGCGACCUGCUGCUUGGGUGAUAGAGGCAAAGAAAAGCUUUUCCAUCGAGACAGAGCGUGUUAGCUGCAACCACCCGGUCGCCAUUCUAUUGCUCAAAUGGAUUGAUUCGCCCGCUGUAGAGACGGCAAUCCUGGUGGAACUGCUGGAAUUUACCUUUUCUUUCUGGGGUGCCACCGUUCUUUCACGUUGGUCAUUUUUCUUACCUCUUCUGUGGACCUUUGCCCAAAAUGUUGACGCGCAAUCUUUGAUCUGCAAGCAAGAUAAAAGGAUCUCACAGACACACAAUUCAAGCUUUUGUAAAGGCGUCGAAUGCUUUUGGCGCAUAGUCGAUUUUCUUACCGGAGGUUACCAGAUUGAUGGGGGUAUUAAGUUUGUAACCCCAGCGCCUAUUCUGCAUGCAGGAGAUACUGGUGAAUUCUUAGACCGAGGUUCGCUCGAUCAGGACUUGCUUCUGCUUUCGUGCGUCCAGAAAGUCCUAACUACUUUGCCAACGUGUGGCCUAGUGCACGCAACACCGCUAGUCACUAGACUAGGUUCAAAUGGGCAAAUCUCGCGACAUCUGUCUUUUCUGUCGCUUCCAGCACCUCUUUGGGUAAUUCCAGUGGCACUGACCACAGAAAGUGCUCCUCGCCUGUUACCAGCACUUCUCACUCAACAGAGUGACGUCUUGACGGCUUCGGGCGAGUUUUUGGUCAAACGAGGAAUUGAACUUGUUGCGGGAAUAGUCGACCUUCAUCGAGAUCUUUUUUUGGUUGCCCCCAAAAAUUCACUAUUGGCUUCUGCCUUCGGAUCUCACUACCAUCUGUCUCAGAAUAGCAAGCCGCCAGCAUCAUUACCUCCUCUACAGCAAGUGGGCGUGGCUUCGCCCACAGAAGCCACAUUGCUCGGCAUCAUAGAACGUAUAUUGUACGAAACUCCUGCUACUGAUGGAGCCCAAUUCAUAGAUGCCGCGUGGAACAAGACUGGGCUCGGCACCCUUUGCAGGGAUGUACUGGGCACGCUUUCAAGGAGGCGGCCUUCUUUCGCGACGACUGCAUCAGCCCUACUCUCGCUACUUACCACUGUAACAGGAAUCGGAAGAUGGGUAGGUGUUUCCAGGCUCGCUCGGGAGGCAGGCGAGAUAUUCUCAAAGCUUUUUGAGCAAGUUUUGCCUUUUUUUGCAAAGGCCGCCUCCCCGCCACUGGAGUUGGUUCUGCUAUCUGGAAUGACCAUCGAGGGCAUACUUCUUGGCCCAGUGGAUGACGGCAUUAUAACACUUGCAGAACAAGAGGCCAUGGUUUCUCUUUUUAUGGGGAACUAUUUAAUGCCGGGUAUCAGAACCGCCUUAGCUGCUUUCCAGCGCGCCGGGGCUCCACUUGCAGCAGGUUGCUUGGGGGGCCGCUGCGUAGGUCAUUCUGGCUGUCUUCUGGCUCAUAAAAAGGUGCAUGGGCUGGGUAGCCCUGUCAAAGAGGAUAGCCAUACUGCCAUUUGUCUUGGUGAUAAUGACUCUGUAAAUCUCAAAAAGACCACGUACCAAAUGUAUGUCCAAACCGACGAGCGCAAAAAAAUUACUUGUGACCGAGGUUUGGCCGGAGAUCUACAUGCAUUUCUUUCCCUAGCCUUGAUGCUGCUCCAACGCAUGCCCUCUACAGCCUCUUUUACUUGGCGGCGUGAGUUGCUUGAGAGCCUCUUCCUUGAGACAAGUGUGCGGUUCUUUGCCCUUCCACUGUACCACUGGAUCGAUGGAGUCGCGGGCGGACGCCGCUGUUGGUGCCUACGGCGAGCCCUAGUCGCUACGAUGAGUUCUUCGCUCGUGGCAGGGGGUUCAAACAGUUUGGGUGACGGAACUGCAGUGGAGAUCCUUUCGUUGCGAAACAAAGGCUCCGCCUCUUCCUCAGCCUCGUCAUCUGUCUCUUCAACAAUGUCCUUCUUUUCAACGUUGCUCGGCCGGUCCGGCUCCUCGACAGUCUCGACUGAAGGGUCGCAUUUACCUUCCUUUGCAGUAGCCACUUUGGAGCCUUCUUCGCUGGCAACUAUCAGAGCCGUGCGGCGCUUGGCUUAUGCCAUGCUCUCUGCGUCUUCUUCGUCGUCUCUUCUUUUUGCAUCCUCAGCGGCCUCUUCUUCGCUCUUUUUACCACAAAUACACGAGAAGGUUGCCGAACUAUUUCGUGUAGUACGGUCAAUGGAUCACUAUCAAGUUGAGGCAAGCUCUUCGGCGAUCUCGCACGCCUCAUUGCUGAUGGAUGCGCUCUUUUUACUUUUUCGAGUGCUUGUUUUACGAUUCGAGCGGAUAGCGAUGCAGGACAAAAUCAACGGUGGUGGCCAGACCACUUCCUCGAUCGCGAGAGGCGACGCCGCCGAUAGAACCCCAGCUGUUCUUUUAAAUAGCCCAUCAAUGUUGCUGGCGUGRUGGCCAACGCUGAACGCCGAGCUCCUGUAUUAUAUUGGGAAGAUUUCCGGGCUCACCGCCAAAGAGAAGGAGGAAUCUUCUAAGCGCGAGUCUGGGGCUAGCAUACAGGGGGAUUUACGGUCAGAGCCAAACCCAAAGGCUUCCCAUGGACGGCUUUUGUUCAAGCGAUCCGCUCGUCCACAAACCGUCUCUGCAGCGAGUCGCGAUCGGCUCAAUGCCACGGUGCUGUCAGACCUUGUCUCCAUAUGCAAGCUACUUGAAUUGCUGUUGAAAAGCGGGGUAGAGGAGCUUCGCUUACAUUCAUGGUGGCUAUUUGGACCUACAGGUACUUUGGCUUCUCUUUUCGAUUCAAUUGUACGAGAAAACGGCGAUGAAGAGGCCGAGAGAACACAAAAGGCUAAUAAUGAUGAUGGACCCAAAGAAACUUCACCAUUCUCUCCUGUACAGACUGAAGGUUCUCCCAUUUCCAUUUCUUCCCCUGCAUCUGCAGUGAAACUAUCCUGCUUUGGCACGGAGGAGACACCUCGGGCCCAGCUUGCAUCGUUUCUACGUUUGGCGACCAAGGGCUGGUGUUCACGCAGCGAUGGCGGCACGAGUAUUUUUAACAAAACUCGUACCUGCGAGGGCCAUCGCGAAUAUGUCGAGCUUGUUGAGCAUUUUCUUUUGGAAGAGGAAUUUUCCAACCUCGAGGGUGGCGGGCUUCCACUCGAAAAUGCCGAUGUGUAA